UGGGGAGUGCAGAGGCUGUGAAAGGACUUAACUACGCCCCUUCAAGUCCACCAGAAACCUGGUGUCUUUAAACAUUUCUGCUGAAACAGGAGUCGAUUAAAGAAGAAAAAUGGCCAGACUUACACUUAUUAUAUGUGGAAUUGCUCUUGCAACUGUCUUUAUGCCAGACUUUCUGAGUGCUGGUCCUGUUGGGAACCAUGGAGAAGAGGAUAUUACUGAGGCUGCUCCUGAGGAGAAGUCAGACAGCACAUCAGCGAUGAAGAAGCUGGUCCGCAAUAGGAGGAACAUUGCCAACUACAGACAUCUGCCUGAUUUCUGGGGCUGGUAUAAAUACUACAUGGAGACCAACAAUCAGGAAGGAGUUGAAGACAUGGAUCGCAUUUACCUCACUUACCUGCAGAAUAAGCACAGAGUAGAAGAGGGCCGCUCUUACAACCAUUACCUGACUCACUUGAGUGAAAUUUACAAAGCCUGUGCCAACUCUGAUGACCCAGACUGCAUUGCAGAAUCCACCAGCAAACCCAAAGCUAAGCUUGUAAUGCCCCUACCUGUGAAACAAGCUACUGUGACAGUGUGCAACCCAUACCUCGACCCCUACUGCAUCUAUGCUGUUCGACCAAAAGCUGCAGAAGAGGAGCCAUCACCUGUCCCAGGACCAGCCCCAGCAAAAGUCCCUUUUCCAGUCCUGACCCCUCUGCUCCCCCUGCCUCUGAGGACCCCACCAGGCCCCCACUACUACUACGCUCCUGUCCUGGAGCCUUUCCUGUCAGCUGAGCAGAGGGCAGAGCUGUUGCGUAUCUGCAACCCUUCAGACACCGAGUGUCUACAGUACCACCUGCGUGCUGCUUAUGGCUACAAGCCUUCUCUUGGCGCUCUGCCCUCUUAUGCUCACCUUGGCUGUGAUCCUACCAAAGAUCCUUACUGCCGGCCCAAGCUGGUUGCAAGAGCACCUUCAGGUCUGUAUCACCUGUACCCUACCUGUAACCCUGCCAUUGACCCACUCUGUGUGACCAAUGUAGCACCUGCAGCCCAAACUGCUGAGAGCGCAGAGGCCCCUAAAGAGAAGUAUUGUAACCCAUUGUUUGAUAAGGGCUGCAACCCUCUUACAGCAUCCAAGCUAUCUGAAAUCACGAAGCCCGUCUUGGAGUACACUCCAAAAGAUGAGCCAGCACCACUCAACCUGGCUUGCGAUCCUCGCUAUGAUCCUUAUUGUCUGAUAGGUGGAGACGCUGCUCUCAGGAAACCGCCUCCACUCCUCCCAGAGUUUCAGACCCGCCACCGACUGGGUGUUCGUGGGAAGACCAAAGAAGGCUAUGACUGUUACGUGUUCUAUGAUAAGGACUGCACCCCAGUGGAGAAUAAGGACUUGAAGGCCAGUGCUGCCAAUUAUAAACCAGGCUGCCACCCUUACGACCCCAGCUGUGGUAAGUUUGCUGCACAGCCGUCCACUGCAGCAGAGGCAGCUAAGACAAUGAAAAAUGGCAUCAUUGAGCCCCACCCCGACUGUGACCCAGAAAUUGAUUACAACUGCCGCCUGCGCAAAGCAGAACCCGCAGCUGAGGAACACAAAGAUGAGCCAGCCCAGCAGGAACAAUAUCAUGGCAACCCUAUUCCUGAACAUGUGGCUCCUGAGUAUCCAGUUCCACAAUUUGAAGACUUCCUGAGAGGAUAUAUGGGUGGCUACAAGAAAUGAGAAAAGAAACCAUCCCCCGUAGAAACUGGACGAGAACAAAUACAAACAUGUGUAGACACACACAGCUGACAGGAGAACCACUUGGUCGCAAAGACUGAAAUCAAAGCUGUGCAAGAGAAGCAGCUCAGUAUCACACAAGAGAAGAAUCUUUUUUGUCCUGAAGAGGUUUCAUUACUAUAGAGAUUGUUUCAUUCUGUCUGUGAUAUGUCAUAUUGGGAAACCUGUGGGAUUAAUUAAAUUUAGGGGUACUAUUAUUGGUAAUGUGAAGCAAUCUAUGUAUUUUUGUAUUAUAUAGAGUAGGGUUAGGGUACUAGAAUAUGUCUUAAACUGAUACUACUUCUAAGUAAACUAUUUUCCCAUAUUGUAUGUCACUUUACUUUUUUUGUUAUAUGAUAAUUUUAUAUAUAUU